CAGCAGCAGCAGCAGCAGCAGCAGCAGCAGCAGCGGCUGCGGCAGGUUCAAGGCGCUGGGGAUAAAGCAGACCCUGGUGAUGGCGAAGACUCAAAUGCCUCAUCCAAAAGUCCUGCAAGCAGCAGCUGCAAGAACAAGAGCGACGAACAGCAGCAGCAGCAGCAGCAGCAGGAAAAGCGCACCGACGAAGAAAGUGUUGCAGUAG